ACCCAACACAUCUCGCCAUGCCACCAUCAUUUCCUUCCCUUCUGUCGAAAUCAGCCGUUACUCAAAGCGAGUCUCCUCUGUUCACACUUCUACCAGGGGAACUCCGGAGCCGCAUCUUUCGUCUUGCACUGACGGACUCUCCUGAUCCACAAAAACAACAGUACAAGGCAAGACGGACCUACAAUAGGCCAGGGCAUUUGGGCCCUGUCAGGGCUUAUCUAGAGUUAUUAAGGACAUGUCGCUCAGUAUACCAGGAAUGCUGGUUUGUUCCGUUUCUGAAAGAACAGACAUUCUGGUUAUGCCGGGACUGGGACAUGCCACCGCAGCACAGGGAUCAAAAUGUACUCGCAAAGCUCUUCCAAGUCUUUCCGGAAGUGGCAAGACAUCUGGGGCACGAAAAGGUUCGAAUUGACGGGGUGACAAUCUUCUCUCGGGCGCAGAGCCUGGAUGAGGGAGAACUGAUACAUCUGGUCUCCAAGUUGAACCCUCGACGACUGCGCUUGAUUAUUCGCCACACCGACUGGAGGAACUGGCAACACGACCAUACUUUGUAUCUUCGAGGAUCGUGGCUCAAGACUUUAAACGAGACUCUAUCCAAGUCUUCAAGCUUACGAAAGGUCCAAGUUGAGCUUGAGUCCCUUAGCCGGAAACAAGAGCAAGUGGAUGCCAUCGCCGAUCAGAUGCGUCGUCGGUGGUUCUUUCGAGGAGAAGAAGGGCUUUUAUACGCCAGCUCUGAGAUUCAUUGUAGCACAAGUUACGAGUGGAGUGGGGCAAGCACCUGGUUCGGGUCAAAUACCUGGAGUCGAGAGAGAUGGAUCCGCGACGAAGUUGCCCCAGGCCGGAUUGAUUACUACGUCACAGUCAUCACAUUUCAAACAGAGGCGAGAAUCCGACAGUCGGGCGGGCGAGUGGACGGCGAAGCCAAGCUGAGGGCAGCAAGCUGCUCCAGCCAGGAGAAACCAUUUGAGCUUCGGGCCCCAAAACAUCACAAGGCGUUGGCGUGCCCUCGACCAUCCGUCCGCCAAAAGCCGCGAGUACGAAAGCCGUUUGUUGCAAACGACGACUUGUCAUUCGAUCCAAUGGAUGAUGUCUCAUUCGAUCCGAUUGAUUCUGUCUACAUGUCAUCUUCUGGUGAAGCGUCACUGCGGGACAGCUCGGAGGAAGAAAGCGAAGAGGGCUUGUGGGAUUGACUUCCUUGGUGAUGGGACGCGGCCAGUUUGUGAGACCUUUCACAAUCACGAUAGCU